ACACUUGCCAUUGAUGACCCAUGGAAAGUUGAGUCAUCCUAUGGUGGAAUGGGAUCAAGCAAUGAUAUCUUCAGCCUGAAUGAGCCCAUGAAAACGCAACUUGUGGGAGGCAUGGGCGGUAUGGAGACUGUAGUACAGGAGGAGCACAGAAUAGGAGGAACUCCAGAUCAGAGUAUGCUGCCUGCCAGUACAUUUGGAAGUGAUUCCGCUCUAAUGUCUCCUGUGUCAUCCAAUCUUCCUUCCCUCAGCCAAGUGAUAAACGACCCAAUGAAAUCACAGCUAGGAGGAGGCAUGAAUAGCAUGGGAACUGUAGUGGAGGAGGAGCUGAGAGUUGGAGGAGUUCCAGACCAAAAUAUGCUGUCUCCUCACAUAUUUGGAAAUCAACCAAAUCCUCUGAAUAUGCCUUCUAUAUCAACCAUAUCAGGCAGUCUUGCGUCCUUCAACAAGCCCUCACGUUGCAGUCUUGCGUCCUUCAACAAGCCCUCACGUUGUAAUAUGGGACCAAUGAAUAGCCAGAGUUCGUUCGGUGGAAUGGCAAGAAAGAAGAGAGAAGCACCAACAAGAGCUCACAGGCUCACCAUUCAAAAACUUUGA